GCGUACUCUUACGUCGUCGUCCUUAUACCAGCUUCAUUUUUCAGAGGAAAACAAAGCCAGUUAACGUUGGGAGUCGGUAAAUUAGCGUUGGAAAUUGGUGCCAUCACACGAAUUGUUACUGUAAACCAGACUAUCGCCGCACAAUCUAACGUGGCAAGUUUGAAGGUCCAUCAGCUCUCCUAAUGAUACAGCAGCAUUAAGGGUACUUCCAUACUUCCUAAGGAUGGCUAGUUGUGGGGAGGUAGACCACUCUGUUAGCUCACUUCCAUCCAGUAAGAAAGGCAGCAACAGUGGUGGUGGAAGUGGGAACAGUGCAGAAUCAUCAUGCUCUGGCUCCAGCAACUCAUCCCCAGCCCUGUCUGUACCGGAGUGUGCCAUCUGUCUGCAGAGCUGCGUCCACCCAGUCCAACUGCCAUGCCAUCACGUCUUCUGUUUCCUAUGUGUGAAGGGAGCGUCCUGGCAGAGCAAACGCUGCGCUCUCUGCAGACAGGAAGUCCCAGAUGACUUCCUGGAAAGGCCUACGCUUCUCUCUCCAGAGGAGCUUAAAGCAUCUGCAGGAGGUCGGGGCAGCACAGCAAGUGAUCACGCCUGGUACUAUGAGGGCCGUAAUGGUUGGUGGCAGUAUGAUGAGCGAACCAGCCGUGAGCUGGAGGACGCUUUCUCCAAGGGCAAGAAAACAGCUGAAAUGUUGAUUGCUGGUUUUUUGUAUGUAGCUGACUUGGAAAACAUGGUGCAGUACAGGCGCAAUGAGCACGGUCGUAGACGCAAGAUGAAGAGGGACAUUUUGGAUAUCCCCAAGAAGGGAGUGGCAGGACUGCGUUUGGACACUGAGGGUGUUACUGGAGCCAUAGGGGCAGCAGGUCGAGAAAACUCUGCUGAUGGGGCUGAUACCACAGUAGCAGGUGUACAACAGCAGGUUACAGGUAUUGCUUCUACUGUUACAGCCCCUCCAGCCACAGCCAGACCUCCCACCUCCCUUGGUGGUCAGCCUGGCACCAGCACUAGUCCCUCUUUGGAGGAUGCCCUUUCCCAGCUGCAAAUCAGCCCCAGGCCCACACCUUCUCAUGAGCGUUCUGAGGCUGGGGAAGGAGAGGAAGAAGAUGAGGAGGAGGAGGCCUCACCCUCCAGGUCCUCUGAUCCUCACACAUCUGUGGACGAGUCUGGCUCUGGAGACUGGAGCGACGAUGAGGAGGAGGAGGAUGUAGAAGAGGAGGGGGGAGAUGGAGAACGUGUGGAGCCCUGGGAGGAUAGGCCACAGAGGCAAAGACUGAAUCCAGAGGACAGAGCCCCUCCUGGUGCAGAGUCCGCCUCUCCCCCUUCCUCAUCCAGUAGCAGUGGGAGAUCCAGAAUGCCUGAUGGCCAGUGUACAGUGACUGAAGUGUGAAGUCAUCACUGAAACCAUCAUCACCAAAUGGCUAAGUUCCAUUCCAUUAAUUUAUUCCUGACUUUAUGUUGCCCUUCACUCAGUCACAGAUCGGAUGUGGGUGGAUUGCUUGGUACAGGAGGAAUCAUGCACUCGAUAACAAACACGACCAAGUUUUUGGAUAAACAACUCAGUUUUAGCAAUCAAAUUCUACACCUCGUUUUGGCUCACAGUGAUCUGGAUGUAUCUGUAUGAUUUGUUUGUCAGUCUCAUCCUAUGUGUACCCAGCCUGUAGAUGCAAUGUUGGGUUUCAUGUUUAAGCACUGAGUGUUCUAGUACUGAGACAUGAGGUACAGCUUGGUAAACAGAUGAAUACAGCAUGUUGUCUUGAGCCAUGAAAUCUUUGUUUCAUAAUUCUCUAUCUAGCACAACAUGGGAGGUAGGUGUAACAGACUUAUUGUGGUGUUCAGCUGACAUCAGUCUGCUGAUUUUAGCCAUUUGGUUGCAGGCAUAUCGAGUCUGUUCUUUCUUAAAUUCCAGAAAAGAGGAAGUUAAAAGGUUAAAGUGAUUCGCCAACCUGCUUUUGCAAAACCUAGAUAUUGCUGUAUUUAAGUUUGUGAUCUAAUACCCAGAGGGCUUUGUGGGCGUCCCAUCCAGAUUUGUGAUAUGCAGUGAAACAGGCAUAAAUGGGGAUGUUACUCCUGGAAAUGGAACGGUGUCAUUUUCAUUAUCAUGAAUGGCUGCAUUCUAUUCAUCUACAGUUUAACUCUCUCAGCUAACAUAGCACGCGGAUAUGGGCUUCUUGGAGCUCAAGUCACCUGACUACUCUUGGAAAGAAUUUAAUCCUUGAUAAAAUUUUUCCCAACCUCCACCCUACCUAAAUAAUUUCCUUACUUCAGAUUUAACUGAUGAUGAAACUUUUCCUUCCAAGUUCUGAAUCUUAACUAUUAACAAAGUGUGUCCUUUCAGAGCAGAUUGUGGUUUGAAGGUUGUUUAUACAGAUAAAGAAAGGUAACAGAAAUACUUAACAAUGCUCUUAAGCUAUGUGGGUAAUUAAAUUUCACACUUAAUGUUUUACAACACAUAGUAAUGUAACUCAGGAGCCCACAGGAUUAUCUGGCUACCUGCCUACAGUUUGUCUUUGAUUUCAAUUAACCUGCAGCUUUGUGAAAUUCUAAAAUCUAUAGAGAUUAUGAAUCCUGUUUUAAAUGAAUGUGCACAAUAGAAGUACAUAUCAAAAUUCUUUUAAUUUUUCCCAGCUUUAAAUAAUUGGCAUUUCAAUGUGAAGUAUCAGUGUUUUCUUUUCAAAGCUGUUGAGGCCUCUGGACCUCAUUUGUAUUCUUAUCAUCCCUGACUAAAGUAUUCUCAAUUGGUGUGUUUCUAAAGUUUUGUGAUUUGUGCUUGUUUGAAGAGAGAGUUAUUUAAACACUACUGGUCCGCAGGAUGUUGAGAAUUGAUAUUUUUGAGUUCAGUUUGAGUAAAUUUGUUUGUUUUUGCGUUUCUUAUGGUUGUAAAUCCUCUUAUGUAUGAUGUCUGAGGCAGAAAGAGAACAAAAACAUGCCACUGCUAUUGGCCAUCCUGCAGAAAUUUCAAGUUAUGUUAUUUUUAUAUUUCUUACAUGCUUACAUCAUCAGCUCAGUUUUAGACUUUCCAUUCUGAAGAAUAAAGUUUGUGUAACAGUUUUUGCUUGGCAACUUUUUUGUUACAUGGUUUGUAAUUUAAGAAUAAAUUGUGUCAUUUCAUCAUCCUAAAGGGA